GACCGGCAGAGGGAGGGAGGGAGGGAGGACAGUCCAGAGCGGCAGCAGUUAUAGCCACCGCCUCCCCCACCACCUCCCCCCUCCUCCUCCGAUCGCAUCUCCCCUCCUCCCGUCGCCCGCCUCGGCCUCCUCCGACCGAGCUCGCUCGCUCUCCACGAUAUUCUGUAGGAAAUGGCUGACGGUGAGGACAUCCAGCCCCUUGUUUGCGACAAUGGAACCGGAAUGGUCAAGGCUGGUUUCGCUGGAGAUGAUGCACCAAGGGCUGUUUUCCCUAGCAUAGUUGGUCGCCCUCGGCACACUGGUGUUAUGGUAGGGAUGGGGCAGAAGGAUGCCUAUGUUGGUGAUGAGGCGCAGUCCAAGAGAGGUAUCCUCACACUCAAGUACCCGAUUGAGCACGGUAUCGUAAGCAACUGGGAUGACAUGGAGAAAAUCUGGCAUCACACUUUCUACAAUGAGCUCCGUGUGGCACCUGAGGAGCACCCUGUGUUGCUCACUGAGGCUCCUUUGAACCCAAAAGCCAACAGAGAGAAGAUGACCCAGAUUAUGUUUGAGACUUUCAAUGUUCCUGCCAUGUACGUCGCAAUUCAGGCCGUGCUUUCCCUCUAUGCAAGUGGUCGUACUACUGGUAUCGUUCUCGACUCUGGUGAUGGUGUCAGCCACACCGUGCCCAUUUACGAAGGAUACGCGCUUCCUCAUGCCAUUCUUCGUUUGGAUCUCGCUGGUCGGGAUCUCACGGACUCCCUCAUGAAGAUCCUCACCGAGAGAGGUUACUCCUUCACAACCUCAGCCGAGCGGGAAAUUGUAAGGGACAUCAAGGAGAAGCUUGCGUAUGUUGCCCUUGAUUAUGAACAGGAGCUGGAGACUGCCAAGAACAGCUCCUCAGUUGAGAAGAGCUACGAGCUUCCUGAUGGUCAGGUCAUCACGAUUGGCGCAGAGAGGUUCAGGUGCCCUGAGGUCCUCUUCCAGCCAUCCAUGAUCGGCAUGGAGUCUUCUGGAAUCCAUGAGACGACCUACAACUCCAUCAUGAAGUGUGACGUGGAUAUCAGGAAGGACCUGUACGGCAACAUUGUGCUCAGUGGUGGCACAACUAUGUUCCCAGGUAUCGCUGACCGUAUGAGCAAGGAGAUCACCGCGCUUGCUCCGAGCAGCAUGAAGAUCAAGGUUGUCGCCCCACCUGAGAGGAAGUACAGUGUCUGGAUCGGAGGGUCCAUCCUAGCCUCACUCAGCACUUUCCAACAGAUGUGGAUAUCCAAGGAUGAGUACGACGAGUCUGGCCCGGCUAUCGUCCACAGGAAGUGCUUCUGAUCUCCGGGAGCGCUCCGCCUCCGCCGCCGUUAUCAUCUAGUCUCGGGUUAUGUUUGGUUCAUUCUUCUAGAAAUGUAUUGCGUAUUUGCAAGCUAUGUUUUUUUCCAGACGUGACGUGAGUACUCUUGGGAUAUGCCACCUAUAUACGUGGCGGCUCCAUGGUGCAAGUGCAAGUACACUAUAUCUAUGUUUGUGUAUUGUCACAGUGUGUUUGUGAGAUCAGUUGUCAAACUUGGGUUGGCUUGAUUUGUUGUUGGAGUUGUCUGUAAUAGCUCAUGGUUUUUGCUAUGUAUUUUUUUAUCUUAUUAUUAUUGCUCUUAAGGGAAGAAUCAUGGUAAAUUAUGGAUUUUUUUAAA